CAGUUGCAACAAGGCUUAUUUCUCCAAUCAGGAGCUAGAGUGACAAUAUUCAUACUGCACAUGCUCAGUGAGCCCCUCCCCCCCAUCUGCAAGAAAUCAGCCAUGUGUGACCAUUACUUCUAGAAAAAGCUAAAUUCAAGUAUGCCACGAGAGAGGAAGCGCACAACAGAUAGUCUCACAACUCUGUCUGUUCUGAUGUUAGCAGCAAACAUGGUCAAGGACGAAGGCAGGACAGUGAGGUCUGUGGCAAAGGACUUUGUGAUUUGCCACACAACCCUCUAUCGAUUUAUGAAAAAGAGAGAGAAGCUAGGCCCAGGAGAGGAGGCAAAUGCAGGGUACUGGACUCCUAGGAGGGUCUUUUCUGAACAGCAAGAAAAGAGCCUUGCAGAAUACCUAAAAACUGCAGCUGAUCUCUUCUAUGGUCUAAGCACCAAAGAGGUUCGUCGAUUUGCCUUUCAGCUGGCUGUACAUUAUCACUGUAAUUAUCCUGCAUCCUGGAAUGACAACUCCAUGGCCAGCCGUGACUGGUUCUUGGCUUUUAUGAAGAGGCAGCCAUGUCUUUCUAUACGGUGCCCACAACCCACCAGUUUAUCUAGAGCCACAAGUUUUAAUAGACAUAUUGUUUCCCAGUUUUUUGACAAUCUUGGAAAAGUGCUUGAUAAGCACAAAUUUCAUGCUAAAGAUGUCUGGAACAUGGAUGAAACAGGGGUAACAACUGUCCAAAACCCAGAGAAUAUUGUUGCCAGGCGUGGCGGUAGACAGUUUGGGUCAGCCACAUCAGCAGAAAGAGGGACACUUGUGACCCUUGCUUGUGCAGUCAAUGCACUGAGGAAUAUGAUCCCACCUCACUUUGUAUUCCCUCGUGUUCAUUUCAAAGAACAUUUUAUCCGUGAUGGCCCACCUGGAUGCAUUGGAACAGCCAAUGCAUCUGUGUGGAUGCUGGAAGAAGACUUUAUCGUGUUUCUGAAGCAUUUCCAACACCACACUAAGUCCUCAGUGGAUGCUAAAGUCCUGCUUAUACUGGACAACCACACAUCCCAUUUGUCUCUGACAGGAAUAAAUUUCUGUAGAGACAAUGGUAUUGUCUUGCUUUCCUUUCCACCUCACUGCUCUCACAAACUACAGCCACUGGAUCGUAAUGUUUAUGGUCCCCUAAAACGAGCUGUGAACUCCUUCUGUGACUCAUGGAUGAAGAGCCACCCAGGGCUGGCAAUGUCAAUUUAUGAGAUUCCUGGGAUUGUUAGGUUCUUUUUCUUUUUCCAUUUCCAAAGGAAAUGGAAAAAGAAAGCGGAAGACUGCAAUUCUUACAGAUACCCCAGAGAAAGAGGCACUGGAACAGGAAAAGGAGCACCAGAAAGCUAAGAGAAAGUUAAAUGAAAACAAAACCAAAACCAGAUUUUUGCAUUGUUUGUUUGGAGAGUUACUCGAAACCAAAAGAGGUUUGGGUACAGUGCUGGCAAUGCAAGGCAUGGGCUCACCAGGCCUGCACUGAUGGGGGAGCCAAUUACACCUCUGCCACACUUGCGAGUCUGAUGUGGACUAAUUUCUUUCUGUCUUACCCUCUCUGUCAUACCCUCAUACGCUGCCAGUUCACACACACACACACACACACAGGUCAGAGGAGUUCAUAGGAUAUCAGUCUUGAUUUUCAUUAAAAUAUUUUGUUGUACAAAUUACACACUCACUACCUAACUAUUUUGUAGUUCAUAUUUUUGUAGGCCUAAUAAUUAACAAAAAUGUGGUCCUUUGUUAUUUUAUUACUCUUUGUCUUUAUCAGUUUAACCAAUUUAACCCUGUCUGUUCACAAAUACAAUAAAGAA